AUGCAGUUGGAUUUUGGUGAAACUGAAUAUAUUGUUAUUAGUGGGUUAAGAGUUGGUCCUUGUGUGGAUUUACUCCAUGAAGAAGGAGGUCGGUCAAAUUCAAAUCUUCAGGUUUGGUUGUUCCCUGACAUUACAGAUGCACGUUUGUGGCUCAAAGACUUAAAGACUACAUUAUUUCUCCGAAUUAUUUGGCACUUCAGGAUGAAGAUGCGGUUUGCAUGGGAUACAUAUUUAUGGACCUAUACUUCGGGGUUGAUGCGUGAAAUGUUUGAGAAAAUAGAAAAUUUUAGAAUAUUCAAGCAGGCUAAUCCUGAAUCGAAGAAAGUACACAAGUAUACCGUUGCCGGUUUUAUGCUUCCGUUUAAGAACCAUCAUGUUGUUGUCGUGGCAAACGAGACGAAGAUCAUGGAGUUGUUUUAUAUUUGUUAUGUGAAUUGGACUCUUAACCAUGAAGAAUCUCCCCCACGACAGCAAAUUCCACUACCUAUUGUUGCCUCAGCUCCUCGAAGAAAGAAGUGCAAGUCGAAAACAUCUUCGAGUGAAACGGCCACACAUGCUUCUACCUUGCAACAGCCUCAAGUAGAAAGAAGUUAUAUGUCAAGUGACACAUCAACAAGGAAUGUAGAAAAUGGUGUUGGAGGCUAUCCUAUAUGGAAGGAUGUGGAUAAGGUUCUAUUCGUCAUAAAUGUUGUUGGUGUCCAUUGGUUUUUGGCUAUGCUACAUUUAAAAAUAUGGAAAGUAAACAUUUAUGAUUCAACACGAUCUAUGAAUUUCUUCACAAAAUACAAGAUUGGUGGAGAAUUCCAAAGUUUUGGGGAUAGUAUUAUCUCAAAGCUAGAUGUGAUCAAGUACCGGAACGAUUUCUCCGAUGGACACAGAGACACUGCAAUUGUGGAGUUUGUUGAAGCUAUAGACGCGCCACAACAGGAAUACAACGAAGAUAGAGACGAUUGUGGAGUAUUCGUUACGUGGACUGACAAGUCAAUUCCGCGGACUGCCAAUUUAGUUACUUCCGAGGACUGCCAAUUCAAUUAUGCGAACAAGUUGCAUCUCUCUGUAUUCAACUUAUCUCGAAGGUUUGUUCGAUUGAGAAGUAGCAACGCACACACAUUUAAUGUGGUGUCGAUCACAGACAUAUGGGAUGAGCAGCAGAGAUCUUGAGAGAAAUUAGAUACAUUAUGUUUGUAAGGAGAAUAAGAAAAUGCAGGAAAUAAAGCCUACGACCUCCAGAUCUGAAAACCACUGACGACAAUGACGUCUAUGGUCGAUCUGAAAAGCGAAGACGAAAAAGCAGUAAUCAUCCUUCUCCAUCUCGAACAACCACGAGAUCUAUCAUCCUCUUUCUUCGGUUGUUCUUCUUGUUUGAGCUUGCCAACCCACGUUUUAGAUUUGGAACAACAACAUCAUCAUCAUCAUCAUCUUCUUCGUAUGUGGGUUGAGAUAGUCUGUAGCUCGAUCUCUAUUAUGAAGGGGAACAAUAUUGGAGUAGAGAGUACCAGUCACUAUCUCUGCUCUCUUACCUGAAAAGCGCCAGCCAUAAAACCCCAUCCAAAUUGUCAGAGAUUUUAACAAAUUGCCACAACAAAAACUUUGGGUUGCAAUAGAAGAUGGAGAAAGGAUAAACUCGCCAUUUGAUUCAUAGUGCGUAAACGAUAAUGAUGAUGAUGAUGAAUACGGGUAGAGAAAGAGAUGUUUAAUUGUGUCUUUGUGUGUGU